AUGGAGGGGAACAUGGGCCUCACAGGCCCCGAUCUGACCUACGAUCUCGACUCCAGGAACUCAACCUUCUUCCGACAUCAGCCAUGGCCGAUGGACCAGAUUCCUACCCAACGCCAGGACCCGAGAAGAACGAUUUCUCCCAUCGAGACCAGCACUCAUGGUCUCCGACAAACAACCAUGGCCGAACAUCCCAUGAUGGGUACCUGGCGGUUCGAACAGCAACCACAAACCCUCGAUUUCCAGACCCAGCAGGCGGCAUUCAACAUGGCAUAUGACCCUCAGUUCCACAACCUCCAGUUACAUCCCUCACAGCUGGCCAUGAUACCUGUAUCCCAGCCUCCCAUCUCGUCCGGUCUUCCUCUGGAACCCUCAUAUCUCUCCAUGGAGCAGGGCAUCGAUGGCAUGCCUCAGAAUUGGCAAGACUUCCAGAGCGAGUUGAUAAACUACACCACGACAGAUUUUGGCCCGGCGGUGUCACCAUACCAGCAAUUGACGAGCUCGCCUACAGGAUCACACCUCGAGGUACUAUCACAGCCCAGCUCCUGUGACGAAAACACCUGGACCCUGGUUGAUCACCGAACCUCAUUCGAGUCCUACGAACCACAUUUCUUCGUCGACCCCAACCAGACUGUUCACAACCGAACACUAUCCGAGUCCUCAUACUCAGACCUCGAGACCCACGGAAAUAGUGCAUUCAUGUCCAACCUCGACAUCAGCCCUGGCCAAGCUGUCUAUUCGCCGACAAGCUUAUCAGAUAGUGACUAUGAAUGUUCCGGUCACGUCCACGGUCAUCGGCUGUCUAUCGACCUUGGCUCCGCGUCCAUGAGUGUGAACCCUUCGGCUCUCGUCAGGCCUAUCCCCAUUCCUCCCGCCAGAUCAUCAGCUCCCUCUAUCCGAUCCCCUAGCUCUCAAGGCUCUGCAGGAUCACCCGGUCGAAAAUCAUCGCGAAAAAGCCCUAUUGCUGCCAAGUCGACCGACAAGGUGAUGAAGAAGACCCCGCCAACAGGCAAGGUCGAAGGAGAGAAACGUGUAGGACGCAGAAAGGGUCCUCUCCGGCCGGAGCAGCGCAAGCAAGCCAGUGAGAUUCGGAAACUUCGAGCUUGCUUACGUUGCAAGUUCCUGAAAAAGACUUGUGACAAGGGUGAGCCAUGUGCAGGGUGUCAACCCUCUCAUGCCCGGUUGUGGCAAGUACCAUGUACUCGCAUCGACAUCAAGGAGAUCGGAUAUUUCUUGAAAGACUGGAAGUUCGACUACGAGAGACACAUCUCACUGGGCUUCUCGGUUGGGAAUAUCAAGGGAUUUUCCGACACUGAGGAGACCUUGUUCAUCACUCACGGAUAUGGCCACAUGCUGCCUGUCACUGCCCGCGAGGUUUACGUCCGGGAUGAUUCCUGUCUCAAGAUGGACUGGAUAGAAGCCAACAAUGCGGCGCCAGAAGGCUACGAGGUGUCUACCGCCAAACUGUCCGCUGGUAUGGAAGGAAUCUCGACCACUAUGCUGAGUGAUUACCUGGACCGACACAUCGAUGGCACCGGAACGUUUGAGAAGUUUGUUGACGACUACUUUGAGGGCACUCCAUUCCUCUCACAAAUGCUGAAGACGGCAUAUCGGUUUUAUUUCCGGACCGGAUCCAAGAUCAUCAAAAAGGCUUUGAAGCUAAUGCUUGCUUACAACCUGACACUCCACAUCACCAUGGUCGAAGGGGUGCCGGUGGAGAAAAACCUGGUCGGGAAAAUCUCGGAAGAGACGUCCAAGUUUUUCGGCAAGACCAUGGCUCCCGUGAUGAUCAACUUCCAGAUCAAGUGCGCGAUGGCCGACAUGUGGCGUGAACUUCACAAAGACGUACUCGAGGAACUGUCGAGCCUGUACUCGAGCGUGUACAGCGGAGACAAGCUUAAGAAUUGGCCGACCAUCUUCAUCCUUGCAUCUGUGUUGUUGGCAGUUUGGGAAUGCAUGCAGUUCGAUUGCCACUACCGCGUACCCGAUGCUGUUGCGGUGGACAAAUUCUGCAACGACAUGGAGACCACUCCUGUGGGCGUUGUCGUUGGGCUCUUCCAAGCGAUCUCGCAGAAGCUACCGUCCUUCCUCGAGUGGGACACAAGUAAGCACCAUACUUUGCUCGGCUCGAACGCCGAUGUAUGCAGCGCCAUGACUGAGGUGCGCGAACACGUUACGAGAUAUGAAAAUUACCUGCGCGGACGACCAAAUGCCAAGUUUGAACGCAAGGACUUUGAUUCCUUGUCGAAUAAGUUUUUGGCCAAAUUGGUCAUUCGAGCCAACUGA